CAUUUGUCAAGGCAGUCUGGCCUACUGUUUUUACAAGAUUGGUUAGUACCUUACUCAAAGGUAAAACAGCAAGCCUUCUUUCUCCUUCUGGGGCUUGAAGCAGCAACCUUCUGUUAAGUCAGUGUCCAUAACCUCACUUCUGUAGUUAACAUGUAGGGUUUAUUUUCAUGGAGUUCUUUUGGUAUUCAUAGGUUACUUCAAGGUCGUACUGCUCUGGUGUGUGUUAUGUUAGCUGAUGUGAACGCCGCUUCGCACGUGUGCAUUACUGAUGCCGUUUAUCCUUGUUAAAGAAUCGUCAUUAGCAUCGCGCCAUGGUAAUUACACUCACCCCCCUCUCCAUCUCCCCAGCACACGUAGAGGUUUGCUGGCGAUUGGCACUGCCUGUCCUGCCUUCCUCCAGAUGUUGACUGAUCCCUCCUGUUCCUCUCUGCCGUUACUAUAGCUCUGUGGAGAUUUUAAUUAUUGACGCAACUGCAGCACGCAGCGGCUGUGCUGUCGGGUGCGUUUUAAGUCUUUUAUUUGCUUCUAUUUAUGGAUUCAGCCGUGAGUGUAGGACAGGAAUAUGUCCAAAAGAAAGUUGAGUAAUAGAAGUUGCUAUUUUCUCUGACUAGUGGUUUGCUUUGGGGUUUUAAGGGCAUUUGGGCUUUAGCCCUUGGGCUAGUCAUUGUGGUGCUUCUUGCAGUGGAGGAGUGUUCAUAUCGCGAUGGGUGUAGCUCAGCUGCUCAAGUGACGCUAUAUUGAUGUCAGGGGAUGGCAUAUAACUCCCAUUGUAUUUAUGUUUUUUAAAGCCGCUCCUUGAUCCAUAGUAACGAUCCAUAAUCAUGGUGAAAUCUGAACAUCUUAAUUGUUAUUCGACUAGAAGACUUUGAUAUGAAAACUGUAACUUCUGCUGCGUAAUAAAUGCUUUGCUUUUAAAAAGGCUGUCGGACUAGGAAGUGGUUUUAGGAAGCAUGUAUGACAUUUUGGGUUUCUGCCCUUUAAAACAAAAAAUGUGUCCAUCCUCCCUCAAUAAAUGAUAUAGAAGUAUGGUGCAAAUUAACAUGUUCCAAAAUAACAUCUUUUUUUUUUUUUCCUGGUGGCGAACCAUUCUGUGCAGUCAGUGAUUCUCAAGAGCUGGGGAAUCGUUCCUAAGGUCUGUUUCAUUCUCCUUUAGGGUUAGAAACAUUGCGAUUCUGUGUUUAAAUAUGUGGCACAUUUCAGUAUCUUUGAUUAGUUGUUGGAAUGAAGAUUUUAAAAAUAUCUGAAUGAUGGAAAAACAAAGAACAAGCUGGCUUCUGGCAAAAGAAGCUGGCGCAGAUGGGUAUUUUAGUCCCUCACAACGAUAUUUAUACAACGAUGACAAAAUGCUCUUAGGUAUUUUUAAAAGCCUUUCAUCUGUGCUUUUAUUUAACAUGUGAUUUUCAUGAUCACACUGUAGAAAUAUAAAAUACAGCACGGAUUUGUUUGCCCACUGUCCAGUGUUGCAUGUUGUAUAGCACGGGAAAUUAACAAUAACAAUUAUAUAAAUAUCUUUAGACAAUUCAUUCGUAGCAUGUCUGGGAUAGUACAGCAUUGUGUCUCACUUAUCGCACUUCUCUUUUAUUUGCUAUAUUGGUACACUGUUCUGUGAAUCAUAAUGCAUUAUGGGAAAUAGUCUUUGCGCAUUCAGCAUGUUAAUAAAAUAUGAACUGAAAUCUGCUGGCUUGUGGUUGAUGGUACCCUGUCUUCUUCCAAGUGACUUUUUUUCCCCGCCUGUUUAAGUAGUUUCUGUUUUGUAUGGUGAUAAAAAAUGUACAGGAAGAGAUAUGAAAUCUAACUUGGACCGUCUUCGUCGUCUCAUCUGUCAUUAUCCGCUGUGUUUGUUGGCAACACAAUUCUGCCAUUAUGCUGAGAAAUAUAUCCUGCAAAUAUGCUGUCUAAAACCGCAUCCUAGCCCUUCUGCAUCAAGACGGCAGGGAAGGCGAAUAAAAAAAAAACAACGAACUGCCAGGUUGUUGCUCGUCAGACAGCGAUUGCAGAGAGAUUGGUUGAGGGUCGACAUCACCACCUCCAUCUGUUCCGUUCUGAGGAAAGCCAGGUGCAAAGGUGAGGAUGUCUGAAGACAACGAUCCCAGAGACUGUGAUGAGACAUUGGAGUCAGAAGAGGGCGAUGUUGAGCCGUACCUGGAGGAGCUGGGGAGUAGCAGGGAGCUGCUGGGGAGGCUGAGGGAGCUGGAGGCAGAGAACUCUGCAUUAGCUUUAGCAAAUGAGAGCCAGAGAGAGGCGUAUGAAAGGUGCCUGGAUGAGGUGGCCAACCAUGUUGUACAAGCUCUACUCAACCAAAAGGACCUGCGAGAGGAGUGCAUUAAGCUGAAAAUGCGGGUGUUCGAUCUGGAGAGGCAGAACCGGACCUUGACAGAGUUCUUUCAUCAGAAACUGCACAGCCAGUUCAGCACUGGACAGCAGCUGCCAUCUGAACUGCACACAGAGCACAACCCUGAGCUUCUACCCAAAGGCCCAGACAAGUCCGCCGCAGUGCAGAGCGAGGGGCAGGCCAAGACCAACGGGGACUGCACACCAAACGGCACAGCAGACACGCGAGCCCCCUCUGCAUCAAUGGAGGCACUCUCCCCGUUCUUUAAGAAGAAAGCACACAUCCUCGAGGUCCUCCGUAGACUGGAGGAGACUGAUCCAUUGAAGUUCCACCCCUAUCCCGGCCUUCCUGCCUAUUACGACUUCAGCCAAGCCCUGAUCCCCACAGAAUCUGCCCUCGUCCCUGGUGUCGUCCCCACCCAUCAACACAAAGGACCCCAGUCACAUUGUCGCCAUUCCUGCUCGGACUCUGACAUCCAUGAGUAUGCGAAUGGCGAUAGGACGCUUCCUGAGGACCACGGUCUGGAGUAUGAGGGCUGCCAGUCUUGUCUUAUGCUCUCUCAGAAGAGCUUGGCAGGUGUCUUAAAGUGUAACCACGGUCACGUCACUUCGCACCCAAGCAGACCAGAUGACUUCAGCUGUGGCAGCUGGCCGGAGGUUCAGGGAGCCUCUGCACAGAGCACAGACUCACAGGCCACCGUGCCAGCAAGUGAGAAAACGGACCCAGCAUCCAGGGCGGAGAAGCCAGAUGAUGUCCCACAACUCAUGAGCACAAAUCCCUAUCUCUACUCAGGACUCAAAGAUGCCACUCACGCCGGUGUCGCUCAUCAGGAGACAAGCCUGGCCGCGACGUCGGCAGAGGCCAGGAACGUUGACCUCAGUGGGGAGGGCGCUGAAGAGCAGCCCAACUUUACCCACACGGUGCCAAGGGAAGAGACCCAGAGUGAAGCCUCCAAUCCGGCCGAGAACGUGAAUCUCGAACAUUUUCACGACUUGAAUGCAGCACAGGUUGUCGGAACUGAGCAGUGCUAUUUUGAAGUGGCUGCAGAAACAAGUGUGAAGAGCAGCUUGCUUGCAAAUACCCCAAACGCCCCAAUUCCCAAGGUUCCUGACGGCUCCACGAUUGAAUAUUGUGAGCGAGAAUCUAGAGAACAGAUUUGCAGCGAGUUAUAUUACUCUCCUAAUGAGGCCUCGCGUUCCAAAAAGGUAGCGGCUGAUUCUUACCCCCCCCCCCCUUCACCCGAGAAGAACAGCAUGGUGCAGCAGCCUCCUCAUGAAAAAGCCAAGCUUGUGCUUAGUCCAACCUCCUUCAGCGAAGUCAAACCCUCACCCAUCUCCUCCCCAUCUAGGCUGUUGAGGUUCCUGAAGAUUCCGUCGAUUGGCGAGCGGGCGCAAGCUGCCAAUCCGCUCCGCCUCAGCCCCCAGCUUACUCGCAGUUCCAAGAUCCCCUGUCGAAACAACUAUGAGGUGCAUCAUUCUCCCGUUCUGGCUCGCAAAGCCACCACCACUGAGAGGGAGAAGCAGCCUCAGUCAUCCAAGGUUGACUCCUACCCAUCUGCACAUUCAGCUCCAACCUCCCCACCGAAGCCAGAAGAUGACUUGUUGCCCAUUGCCAGGGAGAUCAAUUUUAGUGGUUCCUCUGUGCCGAAAGCCUGUCACAGUGCCAAAUCGGCACCGUCUUCUCAGCCUCAAAGAGGCUUCCAGAAGGUUCCUCACUAUGAAAAUGUCUGUGAUGUUCCUACUUCCUGUCACCUGGAUUGCUCCUCCCAGUGUUUCGAGGGAACAAACAUACCCCAUUUUCUCCCUUAUCCACAAAAUGAAACUUGCGUCGAUAAGCAGCCCAAAAUACAGGAGAAGAAGAUUGUUAGCCCGUCUUUCAAGCAGCACAAUGUGUCAAGCACAGCUGAGCAACCCUGUGAUUUCUCUCCCCCAGAUCUAGAGACUCAAACUGAGGGCACAGUCUGGUGCGACCUCCAUGAUCACCACAGCCUGUCAGCAUCUUCUGCUUCCCAGAGAGCUCAGAGCAGCUGUAGCCAUCCCAGCAUAUCUGACAGACACGAAAAAGUCUCCGAAAGCUCCUCUAGGACUUCUGAAGCUGUCGUACUGCAAGAUGGGGCUCAGAGAGGUGAUCUGGCCUCCAUUCCUAAGAAAACAGUUGCUGUGAAGCCACCAAGUGAAUCUAGUCAUCACCUAUUUAAGGAACGCUUGGCAGCUCUUGGAAAGCUCAAGACCACAGAAGACCUGAUAGUCACUCAGCCCGCAGAUAAGAAAGACGCACAAUGUAAUGCUGGAAAGGUUGUGUCCCCCAGCAUUGGGGAGAAAAGUAAAACCGCAGAGAGGCAGAGUGAUCGAGGCGUUCCGGAGCACAAACUGCCAAAACACACAGACUCGCUGGACGGUAAGCCGUACCCCAAACCAGGGAGCCUUGCCACCAAGUCCCCUGCACCAUGUCCGUCAUAUGAGCCAGGAAGCAAAUCCUUAACCACCAGCUCAGUAAUUCCUAAGGCCGAGCUGGAGACAUUCGGAUCCAAAAUAUAUGUAGCAAAGGCAGAGGGUCCAAAGAUAAAGGUGAACUUGCCUUCUUCAAGCCCUGAUCCCCCCCAGGUGCUGCGUAACUACAUGAAGUGUAGCUCCACCCCGAAUCCCCCUUACAGUAGCAGAACUGCUCCCAGCCCGCAGAACAGCCCCACCAAAGUCCCAUCUAAAUCGCCGUCCAAAGCCCCUCAGGCUGCUUCCAACCCAAGGCCGACUAAACCAAGCCAGGAUGACCGUGUCUCUCAGAAGCCAUCGCCGCGGUCAGAGGACAAGAGCAAGUUCACCGGCAGCAAGAAGAAGAGCCCGGCCUGUAUGGAGAGCGCCCCCCCAGGCCCCAUUAAGUCAGCAGAAGCCAUGGAUGACCGGAGACCCUUUGUCUCUGCUCCUCAGUCCGCUAUUGAGCAGAAGGUGAUGAAGGGCAUAGAAGAGAACAUGCUGAAGCUGCAGGAGCAGGACCGGGGUCACGCGGCCGAGGUCAAGCAGAAGGCGUCCAAUGGCAUCGCCAGCUGGUUCGGCCUCAAGAAGAGCAAGCUACCGGCCCUGAGCCGUAAGCCUGAGGCCUCCAAGCUUAAGAUAGGUACGCCCUCUGCUGGCAAGGAGGCCAAAACGGCUGCAAAGAAGAAGCUGGAGGCUGAGAGUCUGAACAUCUCAAAGCUGAUGGAGAAGGCCGAGGAUCUGCGGCGUGCUCUGGAGGAAGAGAGGGUUUACAUGAACGGGGUAGCCCUGGAUCGGCCUGGCAGAGGUCACUCCUGUGAGGUGGUGAUGGAUCAGUGCCAAGGGCAGCUGUCUGUGAUGUACAGGGGCGUCUCCUCUGACAACUUCAUGCAGCAAUUACUGAACCGUGUGGAUGAGAGGGACCCGGGCCAUUUUGGAAUCGCCUCCCGGCGCCUUUCCUUCGACUCCAAAAAGUCGAGGCCCAUUUUCAGCCAUCAGAGGAGUGACAUCAGUCAUACUAAGAGCAGUGGAGAAAUUGAAAAGGGCUCAGACCUGAUCAGUAAAGAUGUCCAAUCAGAUGAGAUUCUGGCAGAAUCCAUAAAUUCUCAACACUUCACAGGUUCUGGGUCCUCCAUGCGGACCCUUGACAGCGGCAUCGGUACCUUCCCUUUGCCGGACUAUAUCAGCGGUGCGGCAUUGAAAAGUGUCCCCAAGGUCAAGUCCCAGGGGGAGCAAGAGAUCUUUGGUCCCCCAGGGAAACUUGGACUCGUGACAAAGGUUCCCCGCAAAGCUCACACCCUGGAGAGGGAGCUGUCCUCCCUGGAGGAGGUGGAUUCGUGUAGCUUGUACAGCUCGGCGCUGGAAGGAAAGAGCUCGGUGGUGCAUCUGUCCGGCACAAUCCAUGAAGAUGCUGAUGACUAUGGAGCGGAUGUACAGUCUCCGCCCAUGAAGAACUGGACCGUCCCCAACCUGAAGGCUCCCACUGUGCCAGCGGAGGUCUACCUGGGCGUCAAGGAGGAGAUGGACCCAGCGGGGCAGACCCCCUUCCGGAGGGCGAUGAAGGCCUGUCCUCCGACACCGCGGGACACCGACCCCGCCAGCUUGCCGCUGCCCCCUCCGGUCUGUCUGGCCCGACGUGGCAAGAGCCAGACCCCCAUCGCCGCAGAGAUGAGCAAGGAUGGAGGGCUGGAGCUGAUCAAAGAGCAGCCAGAUGACAUCCUGUCCCCCAGUCGGCCACAGACCCUGGAGACUCCUGAAUCGCUGAGCGACUCUCUGUAUGACAGCCUGUCCUCCUGUGGGAGUCAGGGAUGAGGGGAGACUCUCAGGCUUGUGGGGAGGGGCGUCCGGGAGACCGCCGUUCAGCGGGCCGCUGCUCAAGCACCCAGAGCCGGCAGUGUGGUCCUGUGACGUCAGCCCCCCCCCCCAACACCCACCACUGCCCAUUUCUCAGAGUCUGGCUGCUGGGUAAAGAAACCCCCUCCCUCCCCCCACCCCAUGCGUUCACAGAAUUUCUGAAGAUGGACAAACUGGCCUGGCUGUGAUCCCAGCCGGAGGAAGCAGACGGCCACCAGAACUGUUUUUACAGUGUGCUCACACACGCACACACACACGCGCACACACACACACACACGCGCACACGCACGCGCGCGCACACACACACACACGCACACACACGCGCGCGCACACACACACACACACACACACACACACACACACACACUUCACCGCUUCAUCUAGGCAUGAUUGGCAUCCAGACACACUAUUUUUCGGAGCAGCCUGUCCUGGAAGUGCGCUACCGUUUAGCUGCAGGAGACGCGUAACACAAAUGCCUGCUCUCCUCUCGGCCACGAGGGAGCCAUUUAUCUGAGUGUUUCGUUCACAAUGGAGUCACCUCAGGAAAGUGGGAGAUCUCAUCGAAUUAUUUACAUCUGCAUUGAUGCGCAGAUUUCACAACAAUUACCCAUAAAGCAUUGGGCAGACUAUAAAAGAUUGAAGCCAAUACUCCCAAUGUGUUUAAAGCAUUCUUUUUUAUGAUGAUGAUUAUUAUUAUUGUUAUUAUAAUUAUUAUUAUUGUUGUUAUUAUUGUGUUGUUGUUGUUAUUUGUUAUUGUUUAUUUUGUAACAUGUUAUACAAAUCAGGCUUCCAUCCAUUUUAUCACUUCUGGAAUUUGUUUUGAAAUGUGAAUGCUACUUGUGUUUUUAUUUUGUUGAUCUUUAUUUUUUAACUUAAAUAAUAAUAAUAAUCUUGGUGCAGAGACGCUAACUCUGUUUUCUCCAAAAUAAAGAGGUCAUUGUCAGGAGAGCUGUGUGGUUCCCUGUGUUACAUUAAGCUUGGGACUCAC